CGCACGCAGGCGGAGACUGGUCCCUCCGAGCCAGGUGGCGGGAAAGGCUGCGGCCGCGAGCUUGAGGGCCGCUGGCUCCCCGGGGAUCCUGAGGACCGGCUGGGAGUGGGCCUUGUCAUGUCUCCAACUGCCUUACCUCUCUAUUGCCUGGUCCACUGAUGUAUGGACUUGUUCAUGAUGAAUUGUGAACUUCUAGCUACAUGUAGUGCCCUUGGGUACUUGGAAGGCGACACUUACCACAAGGAGCCAGAUUGUUUAGAGAGUGUGAAGGAUUUGAUCCGCUACUUGAGGCAUGAGGACGAGACACGAGAUGUACGACAGCAGCUGGGGGCAGCCCAGAUCCUGCAGAAUGACCUUCUACCCAUCCUUACCCAGCACAGCCAGGACAAGCCUCUCUUUGACGCUGUCAUCAGGCUGAUGGUGAACUUGACACAACCAGCCUUGCUCUGUUUUGGCAGUGUGCCUAAGGAGCCUAGCUUCCGGCACCAUUUUCUGCAGGUGCUUGCUUACUUGCAGGCCUACAAAGAGGCCUUUGCCAGUGAGAAGGCUUUUGGAGUCCUCAGUGAAACCUUGUAUGAGCUGCUGCAGCUGGGCUGGGAGGAACGGCAGGAGGAAGACAACUUGCUGAUUGAGCGGAUCCUGCUGCUGGUCCGAAAUAUUCUGCACGUCCCAGCCAACGUUGAUCAGGAGAAGAGGAUCGAUGACGACGCCAGUGUCCACGACCAGCUUCUCUGGGCGAUUCACCUCAGUGGCCUGGACGACCUGCUCCUCUUCCUGGCCAGCUCGUCCGCUGAGCAGCAGUGGAGCCUGCAUGUGCUAGAAAUCAUCUCCCUUAUGUUUCGUGACCAGAACCCUGAGCAGCUGGCAGGAGUAGGACAGGGACGCAUAGCUCAGGAGCGGAGCACAGAUGUGGCAGAACUGGAGGUGUUGCGCCAGCGAGAGAUGGCGGAGAGGAAGACUCGAGCCCUUCAGCGCGGCAACAGGCAUUCUCGAUUUGGGGGCUCCUACAUUGUCCAGGGGUUGAAAUCCAUUGGAGAGAGGGACCUCAUCUUUCACAAAGGUCUCCACAAUCUCCGAAACUACAGUUCAGAUUUGGGAAAGCAGCCCCGAAGGGUGCCUAAACGUCGCCAGGCUGCCCAGGAGCUGUCCGUUCAGCGCCGCUCUGCCCUCAAUGUGAGACUCUUCCUCAGAGACUUCUGCUCGGAGUUCCUGGAGAACUGUUAUAACCGGCUUAUGGGCUUGGUGAAGGAUAACCUGCUUCAGGAGAAAGCUCAACAGCAUGAUGAGACCUACUACAUGUGGGCCUUGGCUUUCUUCAUGGCCUUCAACCGAGCGGCCUCCUUCCGGCCAGGCCUGGUCUCUGAAACCCUCAGUGUCCGUACCUUCCACUUCAUUGAACAGAACCUCACCAACUACUACGAGAUGAUGCUGACUGAUCGCAAAGAAGCUGCCUCCUGGGCACGCCGGAUGCACCUGGCUCUGAAGGCCUAUCAGGAGCUGCUGGCCACAGUGAAUGAGAUGGACAUGUCCCCAGACGAGGCUGUGAGGGAGAGUAGCCGCAUCAUUAAGAACAACAUUUUCUAUGUGAUGGAGUAUCGAGAACUAUUCCUGGCACUAUUUCGAAAGUUUGAUGAAAGGUUCCAGCCCCGCUCUUUCCUUCGUGACUUGGUGGAAACCACCCACCUCUUCCUCAAGAUGUUGGAGCGGUUCUGUCGGAGCCGUGGGAACCUGGUGGUGCAGAACAAACGAAAAAAGAGAAAGAAGAAAAAGAAGGCCCUAGAUCAGCCCGUUGCUGCUGGUAAUACCCCAUAUAGUCCAGGGGAACUGGAGGCUGUGUGGCCAUCCCUGGCCGAGCAGCUACAGUGCUGUGUCCAGGAUCCUGGGCUCACUUUAGACUCCAUGGUUCCCUUUGAUGCGGCCUCAGAGGUGCCAGUAGAAGAGCAGCAGGCAGAAGCCAUGGUGCGGAUCCAAGACUGUCUGCUGGCUGGCCAGGCCCCACAGGCCCUAACCCUCCUUAGGUCUGCCAGGGAGGUGUGGCCAGAAGGAGAUGUGUUUGGCUCUCAAGACAUUUCCCCAGUGGAAGAGAUCCAGCUGCUGAAACAAAUUCUCCAUGCCCCUCUUCCCCGGCAACAAGGGGCAGAGGAGCCAGGGGCAGAGGAGGAAGACGAGGAGGAAGACGAGGAGGAAGAAUUGCAGGUGGUCCAGGUGUCAGAGAAAGAAUUUAACUUUCUGGACUACCUGAAACGCUUUGCCAGCUCAGCCGUCAUCCGGGCCUACGUGCUGUUGCUGCGGAGCUACCAGCAGAACAGUGCCCAUACUAACCACUGCAUUGUCAAGAUGCUGCACCGGCUGGCCCAUGACCUCAAAAUGGAAGCCCUACUUUUCCAGCUGUCACUCUUCUGCCUCUUCAAUCGUCUGCUUAGUGACUCUGCCGCUGGGGCCUACAAAGAGCUAGUGACUUUUGCCAAAUACAUCCUGGGCAAGUUCUUCGCAUUGGCUGCAGUCAACCAAAAAGCCUUUGUGGAGCUGCUGUUCUGGAAGAACACCGCUGUGGUUCGAGAGAUGACUGAGGGCUAUGGCUCCGUGGAUGGAGGAUCUUCUAGUCGCAAACCCCCUAUGUGGAGCCCGGAGGAGGAGGCCCAGCUUCAGGAACUGUACCUUGCCCACAAGGAUGUGGAAGGUCAGGAUGUGGUGGACACCAUCUUGGCACACCUGAAUACUGUUCCUCGGACACGCAAGCAGGUCAUCCACCAUCUGGUACGGCUGGGACUGGCUGACAGUGUCAAGGACUUCCAGAGGAAAGGAACCCAGAUUGUACUAUGGACAGAAGAUCAGGAGCUGGAGCUGCAGCGGCUUUUUGAGGAGUUCCAGGACUCAGAUGAUGUUCUGGGUCAUAUCAUGAAGAAUAUCACAGCCAAACGCUCACGGGCCAGAAUAGUGGAUAAACUGCUGGCUCUGGGGCUGGUGGCUGAGCGGCGGGAACUAUACAAGAAACGUCGGAAGAAGUUGGCACCCUCGAGCUUGCCUAAUGAAGAGGAGUCCCUGAAAGAUUUUUGCCAAGAAGGUAUGGAAGAAGAAGAGAACCUGCCAGAGGAAGAGAGUGAAGAGGACGAAGAGAAAGAGGAGGGUUCAGAAGCAGAACAAGCCCCCCAGGGUAGCUCAAUUCUUUCAACUGAAAAGCUUGGGCAAUGCCUCCAUCAGGAAGGCUUUUCAGCUCAGCUUCUAUGGCUCCACAACUGCCUAAUUCGAGCAGCAGGUGAUCGGGAAGAGGAUGGCUGCUCCCAGGCAAUUCCAUUGGUGCCGCUGACAGAAGAGAAUGAAGAAGCAAUGGAAAGUAAACAAUUUCAGCAGCUGUUGCACAAGCUCGGGGUUCGGCCUCCUGCCUCAGAGCAGGAAACCUUCUGGCGAAUUCCAGCCAAGCUGAGUCCCCUCCAGCUCCGGAGCUUAGCAGCUUCUUUGCGUCAACCAGAAGAAGAGGAAGAGCUUCAGCCAGGGCCAGACCCUAACGGUCCUGGAGAGCAAGGCCCCGAGGAGAAGCACCAAAAAGAACACCGAGCGAAAGCCCUGAUGGCCCUCUCGUUGGCCCGAAAAAAGAAAGCGGGCCUGGUGUCCCCAGAGGAGGAAGGUGGGAAAGAGCAGCUGAAAGUGGCACCCAGGAAGCGACAACUGCUGGACAGUGAUGAGGAACAGGAGGAAGAUGAGGGGAGGAGCAAAGCACCAGAGCAGAGAGCUCCAGGAAUCCAAAAGAAGCAACGGUUUCAGAUUGAGGAUGAAGAUGAGGAUGACUAAAGAGCCAGAAGCCUAGGGGUAGAGAACGACCUGUUUUUAGGUGGUGAAUUGGGAGAGUCAUACAGGACCCAGGAACUCCUCUUACUGGACAGAAGCAGUAGAGUUGUAGGAUUUUCCAUGGAUUUAGGGUCCAGGAAGUUCAGGCAACAGUGUUGGACCCCUCUGCAGUCACUUCUGCCUUCUCCCAUUUUAUCAGUAUGCCUCAGUAGUUCUCAGGAGACUUACUCCACUUCUUCUAGGAACCAUUUAUUUGGGUUACUGGUGCCCCUUAGCAAAUGAAAGGAGUGAGUGAAAUACAGAAGGCCCCUUAGACCCCUCUUAUUGGUCUGUUCCUUUUGGCUUUCUACUGGAGGUGGGUCACAGCACCAGUUGGGGAACUUUGUGAUGUGACUCUGUUUUUAAAAGGCGCACCAGAUGCUCCCAUCCUCAUUUUCUUUCCUGUGUUCACCCCCUAGACACCAGAUUGAGCCCAUUUCCUGCAUUUGAGGUGGGGUUGGGGUGCAGUGCUCUACAGAUGAUACGUGUUUGGUUUGGAUUAAACGUGUAAAAUUAAAAGUUGCCAAUUUGAUCUGACUUGCUAAUCUACGUAUCCCAGCCCUCCACCUGCUAUGUUCUUGGAAGAAGAACUUUAACUGUUAAGAGUUAAAAGAGACCAUCAGCCUUCCCUUUUCUCCUGCUUUCCCUAAAGAAGACACAGAAAAAUAUUCUCUCCUCAAGAUCCUUUGUCUAGGAUAAAUCUUUAGGGUGACAACAAUAUAGAACAGGAAGAAACAGGAGCUGCAAAGGGAGACAAAGCCAGUUUGUCAGCAUGGGGCGGAGAGGACAAAGUCUAGGCAAAAAGGAGAUGGGUAAAUGUUACAAUUGUCAUGUACUUCCUUGUUCUUGGAGACCAUCAGUUUUAUGGCUCUUGUGUGUCCAGCUGAGGUACAGUAAAGGUGAGAUUCAGAAUAGCCAUUCAGAUCAGGUAAAGGGUGCGUUACUUUGAUAUCUUGUUUUACCUUCCACACCCUAGAAUGAAUGUGUUUGGUUUGUGCUUGGUAUUAAAUUAAACAUGUGAAGCCAUGUCCAGGGUAAUUGAAGGUUCUAAGGGCUAAGACACUUCCUAGCUCUGACCAGUCUUGGUGUCUCUUCUUCCCCCACUUCCCAACCCGAGCACUGCUUUUUUCCAGCAGGGCUGUUCCUGUGAGCCAUGCUGUGUUGCUCCAUGAUCCAUGCUGUGUUGCUCCUUUGCUGUGUCUUGCUGUCCUCAGUGGCUGCCUUUCUUAAAAAAAAAAAAAAAAAAUUGCCCCCAAAGAGCUGACCUUCCAGCCCUCUUUGAAACUUCCAGCCCCAAUUUCUUCUACUUUCUCUUAAGUAUAGACCAUUUAGUGUGAUUAGGCACAAGAAGUAUUGCUAUCCUUUUCCAUUUAUUUACCAAGUACUUUUCAAAUAUUUAAAUAAGAGGAAUAAAAAGCGAUUCAUAUAUAUUUGUAUCACAGCCAUCUGAUUUCUCCUCACUCUAUGUCUCCCUGGGUCUCUGACUUGCAACUAGAAUGACAGUGUAGGAGGGAGAAGUAGAUACUGUCAAAAGAAAACUUGUGCUAUUGUGUCUGAUAACUGGCCAACUCUGAUCAGUCUGUACAUGUGUCAGUUCAUGUCUAGGAAGAAGACACCUAGGUGGAAUUAGAAAUGUAAGAUAUUUAUUGGAGGAAAUGCCUUUCAAGGAUAAAGGGAAGAUAGAACAGGCAUGGAUUUGGAGGGUAUAGACAGACAGGAUGACAGACACCUAUGAAAGAAGAAAGGGAAAAGUUUCAGUGCUGCUCUCAAAAUCUUGGCCAGGCUGGUAGUUAGCCCCAAGCAAAGAUUACUUGAUUGAGGAGUCUCGUAUCUGACAGGCAUGGGCUGGCCCUAGUACCUUCCACCAGGCAUUGGCUCAGAGCAAUCUGGAGAGAGUGCCAUUGGUGUGAACUCGGCAGAAGAUCCUAAGGAGUAGAAGCCUAAGGCUGUCAGCUGAAUAGACUCCUCAUUACGUGUUCUCUUGAAGGAACAUCUAAGUGGAAAACACAGUACAAAUGUGAAAAUGUUUGCCAUAAUCGUGUCCCUUACUGAUCAUAGAGGCAAGAAGCCAUUCCCUUUGUUUCCCUCCGAUGAGACAGCACUGGGAGUGGAACAACCUACGAGGAAGGCUCACAUCUCACUAAGUGGCAGUCUGGGGUUCUCAUAUUUAAGUAGAAAGUGGAGCAGAGGAAGUUCCUGAUAACUUGGGACUGGGAGAGGCCAAGUAGUAUCAAUUGGGUUCCAUCUCCCCCUCAUUUCAUGGGUGCUAACCUAAAAAUUGCCUGGAGAUAAUGGAUGAAUGAAGCAGUCUGUUUUCUAACUCCACUCUAGCAGCGCUCUGAUCCUUUCUUGCUACAUGUUACACGCCAUGGCUACUACUUCAGUUGGAACCCAGUGAAAACCCUGAUGUUCUUUCUCUCAUCAUUGGGGUCCCAGCCACCAUCUGCAGACCCCUGGUUCUUACAAACCUGGCUCCUGAAGUUUCUGUCUGGCUUCAUCCACAUGGCCUUUCUACCCAGGAUCUAAUAGGCCUGACACUGAGGGGAGCCCUGGAGCAAGCUGACUACCAAAUUGACACCUCGCUCUGCAGCUUCAGCUCUGUAGGCUGGGUGGGACAUGGGACAGCCACAUCCCACCCAUCAGCUGCAAGGAGUCAGGAAUGGCAGCAGCACAGGGAGGAAGAGUGCCAUGUGGUACGUUGGCCUAGGGUACUAAUGAAGUUACUUUUAUGUCCCUUAUUUCAGUGGGAGACCAAGCUGAUGGGGAAUAGCAAUUAAAAGUAGCACCCAAAAUUUUUAGGGCAGUGAAAGUAUUCCAUACAGUACUGUAAAGGUGGAUACAUCAUGUGCAUUUUGUAAAACCCAUAGAACUAUAUGAUGCAAAGAGUUAAACCCUAAUAUAAACU